AUGGCCUCAAGUCCUUCCUCGACGAACCUUAGAGAGCGCAUUGAGGCUACUGCCCGAGCCUUCUUGUCAGCGUACGAAGAGGGCGGGGCCCAGGACGACGCCUCCAUCAUCAACCGCGACGUCACAGCGGACUGCACCCGGUACCUGCUUCCCGCGUCCGUUCCCCAGGCCUUUGGCCUACCGGCAGACUUCUUUUUCGACACGACGAAGUAUCAGGAGACUUUUGCAAAGGACAUCAAGGUGUUGAAAUUCAGGAACAACAUCAUUGCGAACUUAGUCAUCGAUACUGAGGCCCGCCGGGCCGCUUUUACAUCUAUUGCAGACGUGCACGCUAUAAGCGGAGAGUGGUAUCACGCCGAGUUGGCUUGGUUCUUGUACUUCAACGAGGAUGGGUCCAAAGUCAAGAAGGUGGUUGAGUUCUGCGACAAGGACGUAAUCUUGAGAAUGGCAAACACGGCUGCCUAG